AUGGCGACCCAGAUCGACCUUCCACCUGAACUACUCGAGGCUAUCGUUUGCAAGCUGGACAGUGCGGUCGAUAUGGCGUCAUGCGCUCUCGUUUGCCGAGCUUUCGUCGUACCUAGCCAACGCCAGCUGUAUCGCAAAAUAAUGCUAACUUUCGCCUUCCUUACGUGGCGUCCUGUGCCGAACCUUGAGCGUCGCCUGGCACUGUUGCAACGGUUUCCGCACAUUGGGACGUAUAUACGUGAUCUCAGCAUCGAUAUCCCAGCGUCGGCGGAAGGACAGCAGGCGAUGGGCAACCUACUCGACUGCAUCUUCCGCGGGCCCGGGCCUUGCAUCGUCGAACGGCUCGCAGUGGAUUUCCAUGGAUCACAAUGGGAUAAACUCAGCCCAGUCAUUGUCAAUGCAUUCAGCAAUGUUUUUUCAUCCUCUUCAUCGGUGCAAAGGUGCCAUAUUCUCCGGGUGGCCGCACUCCCGCGCGACAUCGUUCUGCAGAUUGCCCAUAGCGUUAAGCUCUUGUCCUUGAUCCACAUUACUGGAAUUUUAUCCCCUGACGACACAUUUGCGCAAACCAACGACCUACUAGUAUGGCAGCACUCGCUGUUGGAAGAACUGAUGAUUCCAGCUGGACUUACUAGCACCGCAAUUUCCCGAUCCUAUCGAUUCCUCUUCGACCUGCCGCACCUCACUCGUCUGUCAACACCUCUUUCUGCAUUCCGUGUCGGCCUUGCUGGUACAGGCUUUUCGGGCCUAUUGCAUCGACUACAGACUCUCACACUUGACUGUGUUGCAUUGAUAGAGUCAUUAGAUCUCCCUAUGCUCCCAGAACUCACCUGCCUGACUUUGGCUUUUGUUCGAGGUACUACUAGUACUGCCGACGAACAGUACACAUUGCCAGAAUAUAUUGUCAGUGCCCUCGGGGGACUCCCUACCCCAAAGCUUAAACGCCUCACACUCCGUGUUCUUGUGCCAGCGUCUUUUGCGUUUGAUGUUCGGACCCCGAGACCGGACUGGUGCUCGCCGCCAGAACUCAAGAUCUGCGCAGUGCACGACGGGCAAUACACGGCGGUCAAUAUCCACAUGAUCGAGUGUAUUCUAGGCUAUAUAGACCCGUUUGCGGUCUGCGACGACUCACCGGGGUCUCAUUUCGCGCAUGUCUUCGACGGUUUUAUGACAUUUAUGACAGAAGCUUUGACGGGUGCUUUCCCUGGGAUGGCGACAGAGAAAUUAUCAUUUGGGAAACGGAAAGCACAAGACAGGGUGAACUACAUGGACCAUCUUCCCUGA